AUGGAUAAUUUCUUAACCAACGUGCCUUUUACUACUUCUGGUGCAUUGGUAGAUAUAGUUGAUAAAAAGAUUUUAGUUUCAUUAAGAGAUGGGAGAUCGUUAAUAGGUGUACUAAGAUCAUACGACCAAUUCGCUAAUUUAGUUUUACAAGAUGCGAUUGAAAGGAUACAUGUAGGUGUAGGAGUAGGCAAGGAUGAAGAACGUAAAACAGGUCAGUAUGCAGAUAUUUGGAGAGGUAUUUAUUUAGUUAGAGGUGAGAAUGUAGUCCUUUUAGGUGAAAUCGAUUUAGAUAGAGAAGAUGAAGUGAUUGAAAGAUGUGAACAAUUACCUAUUGAAGAAGUUAUAAAUUUACAAAAAUCAGAACAAGUAACAAGACUAGAAAUGAUUAAAUCAAAAGAAAAGAUUUUGUUUGAUCAUUGUGGAUUUGGUAAAGAAGGUGAUGAAGGUGAUCGAUAUUGA